AUGCCUUCCUCCAACAUUCAGAAAGGCCAGCUCCAGGCCAUCCUCGAGAGCAAGGGAAUCCGCUUCUACGUCAAGACCGGCGGUGCCAAGUACGAGUGCCAUCUCCAGGACCGUUCUUCCUACGAACGCAUCAAGGCCGCCAGAACAAACUCGUCCGACUCGCAGAGCAGCUCUUCAUCCUCUUCCGCCGCCAACAGCACUCACUAA